CAUAAGAUAAAGCUUCCAACUUUCCAUCUGUCCAAAUCCGAAUCCAAUACAUCUUCCUAUACGAUUUGGGUCAGUUAAAGUCACAGUUUCAGUGUGUUUUGUGUGUAAUUUGUGCGUGAGAGGCCGAGGCUGUUAGUUGGAACGUUGAACCAGCGAGAGAGACAGACAGAGAGUCCAUAUUGGUUGCUAUAUUUAUCGACACACCAACCAAAACAAAAAUCAUAAAAGCAAGACCCAAUUUUUUAGGUUUUUUUCUUUGCAAGGGGAAAACAUAUGGACCAACGUUUUUGGCGGUCCGUUUUUGCUUCCUUGCCUUGUAAACUGCAGUGUUUUUGCCUUGCCUUACUCGCCUACCCGCUUUAUUAUUUAUUCAACUAUCCCCAUGGCUUGUUUUAAUUAAAGAUUGUUUGUCUUUCCUUCUUUGUUUUCAGACCACUCAAACUGCAAAUCGGAGAUCGUGAAAAUCCCAAAACCAAUUGAUGGAUUGGUAGCCAUAAGUUGGGAAAUAUGCAAUAGGCAAUAGGGCAAUAGGCGAUAUAUAUACAUAUAUAUAGCUGUGAGUUGACAGACAGGUGAGUGAAAGCUUAAAUCUUUGGACAGAAUGUGGAGAUGGUGGAGAAGCAGUGGUAUGGUGAUGAAGCAAGUGGUUGGUAGCAACCACCUUGGGAAGCCCAACAGCCCCUACCCAUGUAUUGGGCAGGUGUUUGGAUUAAAGGGUUUUGCAAAACAAGAAUGUGGGUUGUUGACAAAUCCGGCAAUAUCUUCAUCAUCACUUAUACCCAGAAGGACACUGUCAUCUUCUGAUGAUUUCAAUGGAGCAGGAGAGAUCAACAGAGGAGGAGGAGGAGGAGGAGGAGGAGAGACCAUAUCUUUUGCAGAGGCCAAGAGGCUGAUGAGGCUUGUCAAUGUGGAGGCUUUGAAGAUGAGGCUUGGUGCUGAAGGAAAAGAGGCCAUACCAUAUUCUGAUCUUAUUGAGGCCUGUCAAAGCAUUGGGGUUGCCAGAUCUCCAGAGGAGGCUGCAGCUUUUGCUCGAGUGCUUGAUGAGGCUGGUGUAAUCCUUCUCUUUCGGGACAAGGUCCUCCUUCAUCCUAAUAGGGUUGUGGAGCUGGUUCAAAGAGCAGUACCCCUUGUCCUGACUCCUGAAGAUGACCCCAUGUGGGAGGAGUUAAAGGUGCUGCAGGAGAAGAAGGAAGAAAUUGAUGUGCAGGCACAUAAGCAGGUUCGGCGCAUUCUCUGGUCCGGUCUGGUGCUAGUUGUGGCACAACUCGGGCUCUUUUUCAGGCUAACAUAUUGGGACUUCUCGUGGGAUGUAGUGGAACCACUUGCAUAUUUCACAACAACAACUUGCAUAGGCAUAGGCUAUGCCUACUUCUUGAUCACUUCAAGAGAUCCGACUUACCAAGAUCUGAUGAAGAGGCUUUUUCUCAGGAGGCAGAGGAAACUCAUCAAGAGGCAUAAUUUUGAUGUUGAAAGAUUCAAAGAGAUACAGAAAAAAUGCGGCGCACCUCUACAUGCGAGUGCCUCGAUUAAGAAUCGGGUAGGCAUGGAAGUGGAGCUGGACGAUGCUUUGCAUAGGGAGUAACACUUUCCAUUUUGAUUUUUUUGGCGGGGGUUGGGAAAAAACGCAGGAGGUUAUUAACACUUCUGUUGGUUCCAAUCUGGCCUCUCCUGUUUUUAUGUAGGUAGGGCCCAUAAUUUUUGAAUUUAACCCGUUGUUUCUGACCUACCCUUCAAUUAUUUGGCACUAAAUGUCAUGCAGCUUCUGCUUUAACUAGGAAGAAUGUAAUGGAUACUGCUUUGCUUAACUAGUUGCAUCCACUGUGUUCUCUUA